AUGUUUAAAUUGUUGACAAUAAAAUCCAACAAGGUGAAGCCUAGAGAAGGGAAUGAUGAGAAUAAACAAGGUCCUGAUCCAAGCAAUCAGCUUUGGCAGUCCACAAGACAGGGAGAAAACAAAAGUGAAAAGAAAUCUCUCCAAACCAAGAUGACUCCCGUUGAAGAGUCACACACCAAAAUACAAGGUAAAAUCUCCGAGAAAAAUUCGCUCAAAGAUCCAACCACAAACCCUGACCAUCAAAAUCCAACAGAAUCAAAGGGAACAAUGCCAGAGGAGAAACAAAUGGAAACUGGGAAAGAAGUCCUAGUCAGUCCAAAAAGCAAACCACUUGGAGCCCCUGUUAUAAAUGAGUAUGCUGAUGCCCAACUACACAACUUGGUGAAAAGGAUGCAUCAAAGAACAAUGCUCUACAAGAAAAAGUUGGCAGAAGGAGAUAUAUCCUCACCUGAAGCCAGCCCCCAAACUGCAAAGCCCACAGCUGUACCAUCAACACAAGAAAGCAAUGCUAAGCUAAAAGAAGAACAUUACUAUCACAUACUGUGUUUUAAAUUCCAGAAGAUGCCUCUGACAGAGUACCUAAAACGAAUUAGACUUCCAAGAAGCAUAGAUUCAUAUAGAGAUCGACUCUAUCUCCUGUGGCUCUUGCUUGUCACCAUUGCUUAUAACUGGAACUGCUGGCUUAUACCACUGCGCUUCGUCUUUCCAUAUCAAACACCGGACAACGCACACUAUUGGUUUAUUACAGACCUCAUAUGUGAUAUCAUCUACCUUUGCGAUAUGCUGUUAAUCCAACCCAGACUCCAGUUUAUAAAAGGAGGAGACAUAAUAGUGGAUUCAAAUGAGUUAAACAGACACUACAGGAGUUCUAUAAAGUUUCAGUUGGAUGUUGCAUCGGUAAUGCCAUUUGAUGUUUUCUACCUCUUCUUUGGGUUUAAUCCAAUAUUUAGGACAAAUAGGAUAUUAAAGUACACUUCAUUUUUUGAGUUUAAUCAUCACCUAGAGUCUAUAAUGGACAAACCAUAUAUCUACAGAGUCAUUCGAACAACUGGAUACUUGCUGUUUACUCUGCACAUUAAUGCCUGUAUUUAUUACUGGGCUUCCGACUAUGAAGGAAUUGGAACUACUAAAUGGGUGUAUAAUGGUGAAGGAAACAAGUAUCUGAGAUGUUAUUACUGGGCCGUUCGAACUUUAAUUACCAUCGGGGGCCUUCCAGAACCACAAACGUCAUUUGAAAUUGCUUUUCAACUGUUGAAUUUUUUUUCUGGAGUUUUUGUGUUCUCUGGCUUAAUUGGUCAGAUGCAAGAUGUAAUUGGGGCAGCUACAGCCAAUCAGAACUACUUCCGAAUCAGCAUGGAUCAGACCAUUUCCUACAUGAAUACUUAUUCCAUUCCUAAGAGUGUGCAGAAUCGGGUACGGACUUGGUAUGAAUAUAUAUGGGACUCUCAAAAAAUGCUAGAUGAGUCCGAUCUGCUCUGCUCCCUGCCUGUCACCAUGCAAUUAGCCCUCACCGUGGAUGUGAAUCUCAGCAUCAUCAGCAAAGUCGAGUUGUUCAAGGGUUGUGAUACACAGAUGAUUUAUGACAUGUUGCUAAGAUUGAAAUCCACUGUUUAUUUACCUGGUGACUUCGUCUGCAAAAAGGGAGAAAUUGGCAAGGAAAUGUAUAUCAUCAAGCAAGGAGAAGUCCAAGUUCUUGGAGGCUCUGAUGGUGCUCAAGUUCUGGUUACUCUGAAAGCUGGAGCAGUGUUUGGAGAAAUCAGCCUUCUAGCAGCAAGAGGAGGAAAUCGUCGAACUGCCAAUGUGGUAGCCCAUGGGUUUGCCAAUCUUUUAACUCUGGAUAAAAAGACCUUCCAACAAAUUCUAGUGCAUUAUCCAGAUUCUGAAAAGCUCCUCAAGAAGAAAGCCAGUGUGCUUCUAAAGAAGGCUCCAGCCACAGAGGCAACCUCUCCAAGAAAAGGACUUGCCUUUCUCCUUCCACCAAAACAAGAGAUACCUAAAAUGUUUAAAGCUUUCCUGGGAGGCACAGGAAAAGCAGGACUUACAAGACUACUCAAAUUGAAGAGAGAACAAACCAUUCAGAAAGCAAGUGAAAAUUCCGAAGAAGGAGAGGGUAAAGGAAGAGAACAUGAAAAUAAAGGAAGAGAGCCAUCAGAGAAAACACAGGACAGCUCUGAAUGUAGAGCAAAUUCUAUUACAGCAGAAGAAAUGCCCCAGUCAAUUAGAAGGGCAGCUUUACCCACAGGAACUACUUGCCAAUCCCUCAUCAUCAGCAUGGCUCUUUCUGCAGAGGCUGGGGAAGAGGUUCUGACGAUUGAAGUCAAAGAAAAGGCUAUGCAAUAA